AUGAGAAAUUGGCUGGAGUCAGUGCUUUUGUACGCCCUCGUUAUGCUCAUCCACACCCUCCACAAAAACCUCGGCUUCGACUUCUUCCACGUGGGGAAAAAUGCGACUCUUGCGGACGCCAGCAUGCACGACUGCGAUGCUGGACAUCUGAUGCUCGAAAGAACGCCGUGUUUCGCUGGAAACGUCAAAAAGACCAUCGUUGUGCAGGAGGGCGACACCGUGGAAAUUAUGUGCCUCAUUUACAAUGUCGACUUUUCAAAGACACUGGUUUCAUGGUGGAAGGAACGCGAGCUGCAAGAAAUAUCCCUCGGAUUGUCCACGCGAAGCAAACGAUUUCAACUGCCACGCCGAUUUAACGAGGAUUGGAGCCUGAUUAUUCAGAAUGUCCAACCAAGCGACGCCGGUGGAUAUUCAUGCCAAAUAAACGCCGAUGUUGUCCUGGAAAAAAUAUUUUUUCUCAAAGUUUUGGAGAAACCAGACAAAAAACUGGCCGUCGACCAAUCGUACUGGUUCGUCAAGGACGAGGCGUACUCGGGUGGAUCAACAGACGGUAGGAUUUGUUUAAAUCAUGUUCGUUUUGAAUUUUGA